AUGGCGCCUCUCGAUCCCAGCAUCGAUCGCAUCCAGCAGUGUCUGGACGAGGUGGUUCAGUCUGUCGGCCAGUUCCGAAACCCUUCAAUCUCGCUUAGCAACCAGGAUGCACGGUACGAAUUGCUGGUCAAGGCGAUGCGUCUGGUGCAGACCAUCCGCGGACCUGCCGAUCUGAUGACCAAUUUGGGCGCUAUCCGCACGCUCCGCGCAGCCGGAGUAUUCGAUGCCAUCCCGGUCGGCGGCCAGAGCAUGUCGGCCACCAACAUUGCGGCUCGAACCGGGGUGAGUAAGGAGAUCAUCGUGCGCAUGAUGCGGGCGGUCACGCCUUUCGGACCGUUUCGCGAGACCGGCGAGGAGGAGUAUGCGCACACCCCCAACUCGGAGAUCUAUCUCGCUCCCCAGAUGCGUGCCGUUCUGAGUUUCAUCAACGGGUCGAUGAAUACUGCCCCGGCGAUGCUGCGCACCCACGAAUUCCUCCGCCAACACCAGUGGCAGGACCGCAUCAGCCUGCGCAGCAACCCAUACACCCUCGUACAUCGCUGUGAGGGCCAGACGAUGUUCGAGCACAUCUCCCAAAGUCCCGAGCGACUGGCCCGACUCAACAACGCGAUGGUCGCCGAGGACUCCCUUCUCGCCGAGAUCGGGCUUGCCCCGUUCGCGGAGCGACUGAGUCCGCUGGCGCAGGCGGAUCAGGCGACCAUAGUCGACGUCGGCGGUGGACGAGGCCACAUCCUGCGCCAGAUCCAGGAGAACAGCCCCAGCCUAGCGGGGCGCUUCAUCCUCCAAGACCGCGCCAGUGUCAUUACCGACAAUGGGCCGGCGCUGACCCGCCAUGGCAUCGAGCCGAUGGCCCAUGACUUCGUCACCCCGCAGCCUGUGAAAGGCGCAUUGGUGUACUAUAUCCGCCGCGUCCUGCACGACUGGCCCGACGCAGAGGGCCGCGAGAUCCUCACGCACCUGGCCGCAGCGAUGGACCGGGGGAAAUCCCGCAUCCUCAUCACGGAGACGAUCCUGCCCGAGGUCGGCGCCACCAUGGCCCACGCCUACAUGGAUCACCCGAUGAUGACGUUUGGAGGGACCGAGCGGACAGUCAAGGACUUCGCGCGCCUGUUCGAGGCGGCGGGGCUGCGGCUGGCCCAGGUCUGGCAGUGCCCCGGGGUGCCGAUGGUGGUCGUGGAGGCCCGCUUGCAGUGAGUCCGAAUAUCGGGGGUUGAUCUUGAUGACUCGGUCAUGGUUUUACUGGCCACUUGCCAGUCCUUGCCAAGCGCUGCCACAUGGCGCUAAUUCUAGACUGUUCCGUCUGCUGCAAAAGUCUUAACCGGAACAGUGGUUGAGAAUUCUCGGAGUUGGUGACUAUCGGAAGAUGGGGAUGUCAUCGGAAGGAGUGGUUGUGUGAGUCUAGAUGGACGACACUUGG